GAAAUUUCUCUUCUCCAAUCAGAAUCAUGAAUUAAGCACUCGUUUGGCGCUCUGCAAUUUUACAACAUGUGUUGCAAAGAAUUUUCCUCAAAAUCGCCGAAAAUUUGAAGACCGCUCUUUACCUCAGCAAGGAAGAAGAGAAUUAGAAAAAUGUACAGAAACAGAUUCAAGAAGAAAUUACCGCUGUCGAAGACUUCGAACGUGAGUGAAGCCGGCGACAGUACGGUGUCCAGCAUCACCUCUGCCUUCAGCAAUGACAAGGAUAAUAAUACUGAGGCUGAGACGACCACCAAUGUCACUCCACCUGCCAAGCCCAAGCAGACCACCAAUGUCACUCCACCUGCCAAGCCCAAGCAGACCAGGAAGCAACAAGAACAGUUUCCCACUGAACACACCUUUCUCUCACCAGCUCCAUCUCCGAAGCUGAGAAACAUCAAAACCCCUCCAAGAAGGUUGCCUAUGAAAGAUGCAAACCAAUCUUCGCCAGUGCUCAAUAUCACCAGGAGGAAGCCCAAGAGGGUUCAUGACCCAGAUGUGCCUUUUUUCAAUCGCAUUCUUGCCUCGUGUGGCCUCAAAUUUGUGUCUGAAGGAGACGAACCCCACACUCUUGACCAAGAGCAAGUGUAUUUUGUGAGAGAACUCCAGGAAGCAAUGGAGAGACCAGAAAAUGGACAAAAGUUUGACGAAUUCAUUGAAACAUUUGUCGACCUGCAUAAUAAUGACCCUCGACUUUUCAAAAAGUCGCUGUUGCCAACAAAGAGGACAUUAGAGAGUGGUGUAGUCAUCUCCCACGAAUCAUUGAUUCAUCUCUUGCUAGAAGUGACAAUAUUUCAGGGCAAGAUUUUUGACUUUAUAUUUGAGCGUCUGUUAGAGAACGUAACUGAGGACAAUGAACGGAAGACUGUGGAAGGUCUGAACUGUAUUGGUUGGACAAAACUAUUGAUUCAUCAGCUAGUGGAGCUAAGUGUGGUGGAAAAUCCUGAGCAGUUGACAGAAAAACUUCUUGAGUGCUUUCAGUAUUGUCAAAUGCCAAAGGUGCAGAAAGAGUUUUUACAUGCAUUUCCCUCAAUUAUUUACAUGGAUAGCCAGAAGGACGUUGCAAAAUGUUUGAGUAAAGUUCUUAAAGAAGGAGGGGAAAACACGCCACUAAUCUUGGACGCCCUCUGCGACAUGGCUGCCAGCACGGAGGUCAAACUAUUCAUCACAGAGAGUGUGGUUGACAUGCUCAAACAAGACAAACGUAAAUUCUUGCCUCAGUUGGUGUCAUUCUUGUUGGCAAAUGCAAGGUAUGAAGACGACAAAGCUGCAAUUAUUUAUGAACUGAGAGAUCAUGCAAAUUUGACCCCUUUUGGCUUUGAUGAUGAAAAACUGGCAACUGACAAGGCAAUGUUGAAGAAGGCUGUAGCACAGAUUGGAUGCGGCCUUAAUGCAAUGCAGGAAAUUGGGGAUCUUUGGCUUGUCACAAUUACCAAUGCAAAAGAACUCAAGCCCAUUGAUGUGAUCGUCUUGGUGUGCUUGUACUCUGAAACUACCAAGAAGAAACUUUUGCCUAUUGUUAAAAGCAAAUGCUCAGCAGGUGUUCUAACCGAGGAACUAAUUGACAAGACGUUUUUAGAUCACGGAGAUGCUCUGAGCGAAUAUUUUGACAACAUCAUCGAGAUUGCCUCGUAUUUGAUCAAAGUGCCUGAUAUUUAUGUUUCCCGUCUUGGUGGACAGUGGUUUAAGCUACUAUUUUUGCAUCUGGAAGCUUCAUUCCUGCGUCAAAAGCUGAUGUGGUGUUUGAUCAACUUGCUUGGAGGAAAUAGCCAAAGGGCUACCGAGAGUGUUUUAUUAACUCUAUCUAUCCUUGUCAACAACCACAUGGAUGAAGUUUUGCCCCAAGCAGCUCUUCUUAUGGUGCCUGAGAGUCUUUUAGACAAAGUGGAAGUAGUUUCUCUUGAGCAUGCUCGAAAAAUUAUGGACAUUGUGUGCCAGCUGGCAUAUUCUGGACAUCCUCAAGCGGAGAUGCUUCAAGGCGAUAUCAACAUUAUGAUCCAAAAGCAGCUCAGAAGUCUUGAUAAUCAGGUCAAGCGAAAGGGUGUUAUUGGUGCAAUCAUGGCAUCAAAGCAUAUUGCCACUUCUAAUAAAGAGGCAACAAACACUAGCGAUUUGGAAGCAACCGAAGAUGGCAGAUCAUCCAGAAGCUCUGACUGCAGUUCUGUUGCAAUAUUAAGCGAAAAAAAUGUGCCUGCAAAGAAUUUGUUGGAGCUUGCAAUGAAAAGCACAAGUAAAAGCUACGAGUUAAAUGGAUUUUUCUAUGAUGAAUUAGCCAGCAUGCUGCACACUACUGCUUGUUUGUCUACAAAUUUUGUGAAAUGGCUCUACAACAGUAUAUUAGAUGAUUUUGAGGAGCACUACCUUUGGGAUAUUGGUGAAUUAGAGGAAAAAUCAUCUACCAUACCUAAAGAUGUCAAACUUUCAUGCUAUUUGGCUAUUAAAGGUCAAGGUGACAAUUACACUGUAAAUAUUGGGCAUCAUGUGCUGGUACAAGCCAUGAAAGCAUCUGGCCUUAAAGUUGACAAAGGGUCUUGCCCCAGUGAAGUUUGGAAUUCAAAUGUGCUGUGUCCCAUGUUUCGUCUUUUACGGAUUGCAUGCUACUUGGGAGGAGAUUUAGAAGGAGAGGAUAUUGGUGCCAUAAUUGCUAGCCACGUCUUGAUGCCAAAAAAUAUAUUGUCAGUGACAAGGGGUGAUUUUGUGAGCAUGUCAGACCCACUCUUGCAAGUCUGCAUCUUGAAUACCUUGUUUAUCACUGUGAACUGGCUGAGGGAAUUGGUAAAUGCAUUUUGCACAGGCCCAAUUCCUGAAUUGAAAGAGAAGGUGCGUAUAAGUCAAAUUCGUAGCUUAUUGAAAAAGAAGGUCAUUCAAAGGAUCAGACAAAUUGUUGUGCUUGAGGCAAAAAUUUUGGAGUUGAUGCCAUCGUUUCCACCUGACUAUGUACCCCCAACUUGUCAGUUCUACACAACUGUAGUUCCUCCAAAGAGGGGCUUGACUGCAAAGAAGACCAAAAGGAGAAAGAGGAAAGGAAAGAAGAAGUCUGCUGCUACACAAAGCACCUUGCACCCUGCGCUGGAUGAAGAUAACAAUGAAACAGACCUAGACGAAGACACCGAUCUCGAUGAUGACGAGCCUCUCAAAGAUAGUUCAACAGAAUACUCCCUUAAAGACCUGAGUGCUUACUUUAGGGAACUGGAUAUGGCCACAUUUGUGCUCCUGCAACAUAAAUUUGUACUUGAUCCCACACCCUUCUCUUGGACCAAAACGUCGUCCGAAAUGGGCCCAGCUGAGCUAUUCUUCUUGCUUGACGAUUACUGCCAGAAGCUGGAGCACGCACUGGACUGCAAACCUGGUCUCCUGCAUUCUAAGAGUGCCAAAGCAAUGCCUUUUGGAUUUGGCAUGUCUUCAGAUGAGAAGAUUAAUUCUUCCAUCAAGGCCUCAACCAUCCUUUAUGACCAUCUGGAUAUGUACGAUAAAAAGCUAAUUGCCAAAAAUUCUGUCAAUCCUGUCAAAUUCGUUUGUGACAUAUUUGAGAAAUUAGUACAGUACUUUGAGGCCUUGCAAACCAAAAACGAUGGGUUGAGAGACGGACCAGGAUCAGAAUCCGAAACAUCGAAGCAGCUACAAAAGUGCAUGCACAAGAUAAUCUGCUCCCUGAAGCAUACUUUGUCCUGGUCGGGCUUCUUUGAGAGCGAUAAUCUGGAAUUGGUCCAAGCCGUUUUGAAAUUAUUAGCUACUAGAGUUGCGCAGGAAGAAGAUUUAGCUUCAACAGCUGGGAUUGUGUCGCAUGCCUGCAAAUACAUUGCAAACUUUAGUGAUUACAUCAUGACUCUGCCAACUGCAGUGGACUUCAUCGACUUACUCCUGGUCAUCAAUUGUCAUGAUCCAGAUCAAAAAGGAGAAUUGGCUUCGGCAAGCAAAAGGAAAAUAUAUGAGCUAUCAAUGGUAUUCUUCAAACAAGAGUGGCCACCUGUGGCUAAGGAUUCACUUUCAGCGGCUCAUCUUGCCACAUGCCUUCUACAAACUUUACUCAAAAAUUGCAAUAACCCUGUGCUGAAGUGCUUGAAGAUUUUGAAAAGGAUCGACGAGAACAAAGAUGAUCUGAAAGGGAAAAACUGCUCUGGAAAAAUUGAUCAGCUGCCUCUCAUAACUAAGAGUUCCUUGCCUCACAUUUACAAAACUCUAUCUAAAACUAUUGUUGAGGCUGUCCGAGAUUUAGCUUCUGCUCCUCAAACGUCAACACAGGGAGGCGACAUAUACGACGAACUCAUUUACGGCUGGCGUCAGAUUGUGGAAUCAGUUUUUGUCAUGAAAGAAAUUGCAAAGCAUCACGAAACAAAGCCAAUUUUCACCACAUUCAUUAAAGACUUGCAGCCCAUCUUUCGUCAUUUUAUGGAUACUGCAAUGCCUAUGAUGGAUAAGUGCUUCAGUAAGAAAUCUGACGAGCUAGCUAAGCUCUUGAAAAAGCUGCAAGAUGUCACCAGGUUUACUCAACAUUUGUGCAACCAUGGAAAGCGUACAAAUUUCCUGGGGCUGGUCUCACAAAUGCCAAACAUGAAGUUCCUAUUGGAAAAGUUGGUGCAACGUGUCAAAGCUAUGCUGGUGGUCAACAGAUGUGCAGGAAAUGUGGAAGUUGGGAGUCUGAAAAACAAAAAUCUGCAAGGAGAAGACGUGCCAUCACAAAUUGGAGCCCUUGAUAGUGAUGAGGAAGAAGAAAGGGAAGCGCAGAGGUUAAGUCGAAAGACUCAGAAAACCCAAAAAUCACAAAAAAGCCCCACUACCCAGGCUAAGAGGACUCAAAAAUCCCAAGCCAGCAAAACACAGAGGUUGAUUGUCAAAACGCAGAAGCCCCACAAGACUGACAAGACUCAGCCGUCAACAUCUACACAGGACGAGAGAAGGAAAAACUCGAGAAAAAUGCACAAACAUCGAGACGCUGCUGAAGAGAUGUCCAUUGCUGAUGAGGAGGGAGAGGUUGAUAUUGUAACUACUCAGACAAAGAGGAAGGACGCUGCAAGCAAGGAGACAAAUAAUGCAAAGAAGCAAAAGAAAGUCAGUUCAGACGAAGAAAGUGACAUAGAGGAGGAAAGGGAGCGCGAGAUCGCUGAUUCUAAGAAGAACAAGAAAGUUCCUCAGAAGAAAAAGGAAGUACCAUGCACUGACAGUGAUGAACCAGAAGAGCAACAAGAUGAGGUCAGGUCCAGCUCCUCGAAGAGAACAAUCAUGGACUCUGAAAGUGAAGAAGAAUCACGAAGCUCUGCCAAGAGGAAGAAAAUAUUUUCCGACGAUGAUUCUGACUAAACAGAGUAAGGUACUCCAAAAGAAGGGACCAAACCUUAUUUUCAAUCACCACAACUGUAAUACAAAUUAAUUUAAUUCAUUUACAUAUCUAUAUCAAAUUGCUAGUGAAGCUAAAUAAAAAGUUAAUUUUUUGAUGAAAAUUCACAACGACCGCAAAAUAUUGUACUUAAUUCUCAUUCUGUCAGGUAAAUUUAAAAAUUUCACAAUAUUGUCAAGUGAUGAAAGAACGGGUAAUCCAUCAACUGAUUAUAAAAUCAGCACGCACCCCACCGCUCUAAUUAACGCCUCAAUCAACGAGGGUCGAUGAGAGCCGAUGGCCGCUUUUUGCAGCUUUAUCUCGGGCUCGGCCGACUCUCGCAGCGCUCGUUGACAUCUGGAUGUAGUAAUUAGUCGCGAGAGAGCCGCAACAACAACAUCCGUCUUAAUUAAUCACUUGGCUCGCGUCUCGGCUGUACUCCUCUUGUCGACACAGGCGGACUGGCAAGACAUAUUGGGCUUUUCUCUUGGACUAAUUACCAGCUAAUUGCAUUCAUAUUGAUAAAUUCUGGGUAUACAGCCUGCGGAAUGUGGCGAUAAAGGCGGCGAAAAAGAGACAGCAGGAAAAAUGCGUGCGUGACUUAACAAAAUGAAUGGUGUAGAGUGCGGCAAUCAAUGAGCCGUGCAUACUUACAAUUUUUAGACAAGCGGAAGUUCCAAAAGAUUCAGAGUAAAUAAUUACCAUGCAUUCCUUUCCUUCCUUGCAUUUCUUAUUUUUAUUCAAAUAAUUUUGAAGAGCACAAAUUUUCAUGGCUGUAAAAAUUAAAA